CUCCAUGCUGGACUGAGGCUCCUCUCUCCACACCCCAACUCUGCCUGAGACACCCACCAUGGGGACACCCACCAGGAGGACACCAUCCCUGCGGCUGCUAGCUGCUGCAGCCCUUCUCUCCUCUGCAGCUUGGAGCUUCGUGCAGGGAUCCCCAGUCACCUUUGGGCCUGUGUUUGAAGACCAGCCUCUUAGUCUGCUUUUCCCAGAGGAGUCUACAGAGGAGAAGGUGACACUGGCAUGCCGCGCACGGGCCAGUCCCCCAGCCACCUAUAGGUGGAAGAUGAAUGGUACCGAGAUGAAGCUGGAGCCAGGUUCCCGUCACCAGCUGGUGGGGGGCAACCUGGUCAUCAUGAACCCCACCAAGGCCCAGGAUGCUGGUGUCUACCAGUGCCUGGCCUCCAAUCCAGUGGGCACUGUAGUCAGCAGGGAGGCUGUCCUCCGCUUUGGCUUUCUGCAGGAAUUCUCCAAAGAGGAGCGAGACCCAGUGAAAACCCAUGAAGGCUGGGGGGUGAUGCUGCCCUGUAACCCACCUGCUCACUACCCAGGCUUAUCCUACCGCUGGCUCCUCAACGAGUUUCCCAACUUCAUCCCAACGGAUGGGCGUCACUUCGUGUCCCAGACCACAGGGAACCUGUACAUUGCCCGGACCAAUGCCUCAGACCUGGGCAACUAUUCCUGCUUGGCCACCAGCCACAUGGACUUCUCCACCAAGAGUGUCUUCAGCAAGUUCGCACAGCUCAACCUGGCUGCUGAAGAUCCCCGGCUCUUUGCUCCCAACAUCAAGGCCCGGUUCCCAGCAGAGACCUAUGCGCUGGUGGGGCAGCAGGUCACUCUGGAGUGCUUCGCCUUUGGGAACCCUGUCCCCCAGAUCAAGUGGCGCAAAGUGGAUGGCUCCUUGUCCCCACAGUGGGCCACAGCAGAGCCUACUCUGCAAAUCCCCAGUGUCAGCUUUGAGGAUGAGGGUACCUACGAGUGUGAGGCGGAGAACUCCAAGGGUCGUGACACCGUCCAGGGCCGCAUCAUCGUGCAGGCUCAGCCUGAAUGGCUCAAAGUGAUCUCAGAUAUGGAGGCUGACAUUGGCUCUAAUCUGUGGUGGGGCUGUGCGGCUGCAGGCAAGCCCCGGCCCACAGUGCGCUGGCUGCGGAAUGGAGAGCCUCUGACAUCCCACAACCGGGUGGAAGUGUUGGCCGGGGACCUGCGGUUCUCCAAGCUGAGCCUGGAGGACUCGGGCAUGUACCAGUGUGUGGCAGAGAACAAGCACGGCACCAUCUAUGCCAGUGCCGAGCUGGCUGUGCAAGCACUGGCCCCUGAUUUCAGGCUGAACCCCGUAAAGCGUCUGAUCCCAGCGGCCCGGGGGGGAGAGGUCAUUAUCCCAUGUCAGCCCCGGGCAGCACCAAAGGCUGUGGUGCUCUGGAGCAAAGGCACUGAGAUUUUGGUUAACAACAGCAGAGUGACUGUAACUCCAGAUGGCACCUUGAUGAUAAGAAAUAUCAGUCGGUCAGAUGAAGGCAAAUACAUCUGCUUUGCUGAGAACUUCAUGGGCAAAGCCAAUAGCACCGGCAUCCUGUCUGUGCGAGAUGCAACCAAGAUCACUCUAGCCCCCUCAAGCGCUGACAUCAACCUGGGGGAUAACCUGACCCUGCAGUGCCACGCUUCUCAUGACCCCACCAUGGACCUCACCUUCACCUGGACCCUGGAUGACUUCCCCAUUGACUUUGAUAAGCCCGGGGGUCACUAUCGGAGGGCCAGUGUGAAGGAGACAAUAGGGGAUCUGACAAUCCUGAACGCUCAGCUGCGCCAUGGCGGGAAGUACACAUGCAUGGCUCAGACGGUGGUGGACAGUGCAUCCAAGGAGGCCACAGUCCUGGUCCGAGGUCCACCAGGUCCCCCUGGAGGCGUGGUGGUGAGGGACAUCGGUAACACCACUAUCCAGCUCAGCUGGAGCCGUGGCUUCGACAACCAUAGUCCCAUUGCCAAGUACACCCUGCAAGCUCGAACUCCACCUGCAGGAAAGUGGAAGCAGGUUCGGACCAAUCCUGCCAACAUCGAAGGCAAUGCCGAGACUGCCCAGGUCCUGGGCCUCACGCCCUGGAUGGACUAUGAGUUCCGGGUUAUAGCCAGCAACAUCCUGGGCACUGGAGAGCCCAGUGGGCCCUCCGGCAAAAUUCGGACCAAGGAAGCAGCUCCCUCGGUGGCCCCCUCAGGACUCAGUGGAGGAGGUGGAGCCCCUGGGGAACUUAUCAUCAACUGGACGCCCAUGUCGCGGGAGUACCAGAACGGAGACGGCUUCGGCUACCUGCUGUCCUUCCGCAGGCAGGGCAGCGCUAGCUGGCAGACCGCCCGGGUGCCCGGCGCCGACGCCCGGCACUUCGUCUACAGCAACGAGAGCGUCCAGCCCUACACGCCCUUUCAGGUCAAGAUCCGCAGCUACAACCGCCGCGGGGAGGGGCCCGAGAGCCUCACUGCGCUCGUGUACUCGGCUGAGGAAGAGCCCAGGGUGGCCCCUGCCAAGGUCUGGGCCAAGGGAGUCUCGGCCUCAGAGAUGAAUGUGACAUGGGAACCAGUGCAGCAGGACAUGAAUGGUAUCCUUCUGGGGUAUGAGAUCCACUACUGGAAAGCUGGGGACAAAGAAGCAGCUGCUGACCGAGUGAGGACUGCUGGGCUGGACACCAGUGCCCGAGUCACCGGCCUUCACCCCAACACCAAGUACCAUGUGACCGUGAGGGCCUACAACCGGGCUGGCACUGGGCCUGCCAGCCCUUCUGACAGUACCAUGACCAUGAAGCCCCCUCCACAGCGACCUCCUGGCAACAUCUCCUGGACAUUCUCAAGCUCCAGUCUUAGCAUUAAGUGGGACCCAGUGGUCCCGCUCCGAAAUGAGUCUGCAGUCACGGGCUAUAAGAUGCUGUACCAGAAUGACUUACACCCGACACCCAUGCUCCACCUCACCAGCAAGAACUGGAUAGAAAUUGCAGUACCUGAAGACAUUGGCCACGCGCUGGUGCAGAUUCGAACCACAGGGCCUGGAGGGGACGGGAUCCCAGCGGAAGUCCACAUCGUGAGGAAUGGAGGCACAAGCAUGAUGGUGGAGAACUCAGCAGUCUGCCUAACUCCAUGUGCUGGUGCCAUCCUCUCCCACUCCAUGGCCAUGCUGAUCAUCCUAGGCUACCUGGAGCUUUGAUCUUGGCUCCCCUCCCUCUCCGCCAGAGCUGGACACCCACCUCCGAUGGACACAGCCAGCUGGUGCUGGCCCCUUCCAGACGCCAAGGUGGCCCAACACUGUGCCCAAGAGUGGUUGGUUUUAAAUACGUACUUUAAACAGUGCCCUUUUUGUAGGAGGUAGGAUAUUUCAAAUUCUGCCACAGGAUAGAACCCAUGUGAGGAUUUUUUUCUUUGAAUCAAGAGGCAAUAGGCAGCAACUUCCAUGAUAAUGCUGGACUCUAUGCCUGGGCCCUCUAGGAUGUCUGGAUGGAAGG